UCCCCAACUUCGCUCGCCGGUUCAGGCAGACGGUCGACCAUGCGCAUGCCCUCGUCGAGCAAGAUCAACACCCACUCGCGCAUGCACGUGCAGACGCACACGAAAGAGUUCGUCUCGAUCUCGUCUCUCUCGGACGCAGCCGUCGCCUUGCGCGUCCUCUGCGAAGCCCACUCGCUCGGCCUCGAGAAGGACGAGUCCGACAUCGUGCGACGGACCCUCAAGACCGUGGCCUACGUCUCGGGCAAGCUGCAGCACCGCAUGGGCACGCUAAAGAAGGGUGCGGGCGACGUUGGCGUGCCCCGCGUCGGCGCGACGCCCGACACGACGUCGGCCAAGUGCGCCAAGUGCGCACGGAGUUGGAACGCGUUCCAGCGCGGCCACAACUGCCAAGCGUGUGGCCACCUCUUUUGCUCGCGAUGCUUGACACCGACGCAGCUCCCGCGUAGCUUUGGCUUUGAGUCGCCGGCCAAGACGUGCGACCUCUGCCGGACAUGGCUCGCCGAAUUCAUGAGUGCCAAGUUCGAGGAGGCCCACUUGGGUUCGAGGAAGGAAGGGCCUGCAGUGCCGAACGCUCCCGAGGCGCUGGAGCCAUUGGACCACUCGCCCCAAGCAUUUGUCGAAUUGCUGAAGGGCGCGCUCGAGAAAGGGCUCUCGCCAAGCCUCUCUGCGCGUCUGCAAGAGGUCUUUGAGGUGUACGGAGGAACGCCGCACGCCAAGACGAAGGCGAUGUCCGAACUCAAGACAGCGAUGACGUGUCUUCUUGCUGACGUCCCCGAGGACGAAGACGACGAAGACGAAGACGAUGACGAGACCGCCGUCUCGGACACGACGACGACCACCAAGAUGGCGUUUCCCAAGGACGCGCUGCAGACCGUGCUCAGCCUCAUGCUUGCGCUCGAAGCCGUCGACUGGACGCUCGAUAGUAAAGACGAUGAAAACAAGGGCAACGACGAGGACGACGAAGCGCGCUCGUCCGUGGACCAUCGCCUCUCGAGAGACCCGUCGGUGGCACUUCUUCGGCGCGAGACGCCGAUGCUCGAGUACCAAGAGAGCACGGUCGGCUCCAAUGACGACGACGACGCUUCGCUCAAGUCGCCGGCCACGCCGCCGCUGCCGCCCGCGAUGGUCGAGUAUUUUAUCGUCAACCGCACCGAGACGAGUCCACUGUUUGCGUCAUCGGCCAAGAAGGACGACCGGUGCCGCAUCGAGGUGUUUACGUACCAAGGCAUGAUCCGCGUCAAGUCCAUCUUCAACAUGAACCGCCGGUUCACGUUUCGCAUCUCGGACAUGCAGCUCGUGCAACUGGAGAAGGAGUACUUGCGCUGGACGUUCCCGUACCGGUCCGAGCUCGUGCUGCAGUUCCAGAACGAAGCGACCAAGAACCACUUUUGCAAGCUCAUCCAAGCGUACCUCACGACGCUCGACCCGAGCACGAAGCUCAAGCGCACGCUGCCGCUCGUGCCCUUCCUCCGCGGCGAAGUCAAGAUGCACACGCAGCACUUUCCCGCCGCGUGUCUCACGAGCCUCGGCGAGUUUGCGUGGCGCGGCCUCGUGCUCGUCACCAACUACCGCGUGCUUGUCGUGCCCUUUGAGAGUGCGCCGCUCGUCGAGAUCCCGCUCUUUUCGAUCUUAUCCGUCUCGCGCGAGUCGAGCUUUGGGUACCGAUCUCCGUUCUUACUGCUGACGUCCAAAGACGUCCGGACGCUCCGACUGGAUGUGACGCCCGAUGACCGUCUCCUGACGCUUCUCCACCUCGUCACCAAGCUGAGCGAGUCGACGCAAAAGUUCCAGACGGGUCAGCCGACAAAAGACUCGGUGCUGAGCCUCCAAGUGCCGCACUUUAGCUUUGCGUACACGAUGACGUCGGUGACGCCCGAGACGAACGGGUGGAAGUUCGCCGACAUCCUCGUCGAGUACGGUCGCCAAGGCUUGGAUACCAACCCGCUGCUACAGGUGGUUGAGAAUGGCGACGGCGCCGUCUGCGACUCGUACCCGCCCAAGCUGCUCUUCCCCGCGUCCCUCUCGAUGGGCGACGUCCUCGCGGCCGUCAACUUUCGAGCGAAAAACCGCGUCCCGCUCAUCACGUGGCAGCAUCCGCGCAACCACAGCGUGCUCACGCGGUCGAGCCAGCCGCUGCUCGGACGGCUCCUCACGAGCCAAAGCUGCGGCAUCGACGAAGGCCUCAUCGCGUUCUACAAGAAGCUCUCGACAAAGUCGAGCUCGUCCCUGUACAUCUUUGACGCGCGCAAGGUCAAGGCCGCCAAGGGCAAUCGCCUCAUGGGGAAGGGCGGCGUCGAGGCCUCCGGGCAGUACACGGGCGCGAUCAUCAACCACCUCAACAUCGCCAACAUGUACAAGAUGCAGACGUCGUACCUUGCGCUCAUGAAGCUCUGCCUCUCGCCCGAGCACGAUAAGAGCUGGUGGUCCGCCCUCGAGGGGACGCGGUGGUUUGAGCAUUUGCACCUCGUGCUCGACGGCGCCGUCAAGAUCGCGCGGGUGCUCGAGUUUGAAGGCGCAAGUGUCCUUGUGCACUGCAGCGACGGCUGGGAUCGCACGUGCCAGCUCGUUUCGCUCGCGCAAAUCAUGCUCGACCCGUACUUUCGGACACUCGACGGCUUUGCGACGCUUGUCGAGAAGGACUGGCUCGCGUUUGGGCACAAGUUUAUGGAGCGGCUGGGCGGGAACCGAUCGAAGGACCCGACGCGCGCCAAGGUGUCGCCGAUCUUCUUGCAGUUCCUCGACGCCGUGUACCAGCUCACGACGCAAUUUCCGACGGCGUUCGAGUUUGACGAACGGUACCUCGUCCACGUGGCCAACGCGCUCACGUCGGGCUUGUACGGCACGUUCCUCUACGACAACGUGCUCCAGCGCACGGCGGCGCGCGCGUGCGACAAGACGAUCUCGGUCUGGACACCGCAGCUCGUGUCGCCGCAGCUGUUUCGGAACGCAAGCUACGAGGCGCGGCCCGACCCGCUCUGGCCGUGGCCCGGCCACCAAGCGCUCAAGCUCUGGACCGGGUACUACUUUCAGCACCACGAAGUGCACGCGCACAACCACAUUGACGAAGAAGAGCGGCAAAAGGCGUAGCCAAAUGGAUAUUUGUUUCUUGGUCGUAUCUUGAUAUAUAUACGCAUAUUCACCGU